AGACGACUCACUUUCAGAGCAGACUGUCACUUCUUGGAUCCGUACAUCCAACACAACCGCAGACAUGAAUGCAAAAUACGCCUUGGCACUGAUCCUCGCUCUGCAGGUCUCCAUGAGCCUGUGUCAGGUUCCCACACCAUCGGCGGAACUUGUUGCAAAGUAUGAUUCCAUGAAAUCUGUGUUCUACAAGAGGCUUCUGAAUGCUUUCAGCAAGCUGCAGGUCGCCGCUGCCCCGAUGGUGGAGAAAGCCGGAGGCAGUGACCGUGGACAGGCCACAAAAGACUACGUCGAGGGUCUCCAGACCAGGCCUGAGUUCCAAGCCCUCGUCAAGGUCGCAGCUGGCCUGGGACAGGAAGCGGCUCCCUUGAUGGACAAGGCUCGCACAUCAGUGCUGGGUAUGUACGGACACUACGUGCGCCCCCACGUCGGCACCGCCCUGAGCGAGACCAUCGACAACAUCAAGGUCUACCUGGACAAAUUCCUGCCCGCUGAAUAAAGAAGACCAACUGGAGCAAGGCACCUGUCAGUAGCCUGUAAUAGAUCAUAGAUCAUAGAAACUACAACAGUUUAGGCUGAGAAAAGUGACGCACAAUGCAAAUACAAUCCUUUGCCUCUUUUCAAAUAAUGUUUUGCCAAAUCAUGCAGAGUUAAAAGCAAGUCGAACACCACCUAUGCAAAAUUGUGCAUGUACAGUAUUAUGUGUUUGAUACACAAACCAACGUCUCUGUGUGAUUGUGUUUGUAUACGUGUGAGUGUGUUCAAUAAAAUGAAUGGAAACUA